AUGACUCGUCUUUUAAAUGGAAUCAAGGUGGUGGAGUUGGCUGGACUUGCUCCAGUUCCUCAUUGUGGAAUGAUGCUAGCCGAUUUUGGAGCAGAUGUCACUGUAAUUGAUAAGAAACAUCCAGUUGUGGAACAAAGGAUGAAUCGAGGGAAAACAAUGAAAGAAUUUGAUUUGAGAAAGCCGGAAGAUGUGAAGAAGGUCCGAGAACUAUGCAAAACAAGCGACGUUCUUCUUGAUCCAUAUAGGCCAGGAACGCUGGAGAAAAUGGGACUGGACCCGUUAUCAUUGUGGAACGACAAUAAAGGGCUGAUAAUUUGCAGAAUCAGUGGUUAUGGGCAGACCGGAAGGAUGAAGGAUGAAGCGGGACAUGAUAUCAACUAUGUUGCUAUGAGCGGUAUGAUGCCAACAUUUGCUGGCACCGAAGCUUCACGUCCUUGGCCGCCAGUUAAUAUGCUUGCUGACUUUGCAGGUGGUGGUCUAUCCGCAGCAUUUGGUAUUGUAUCCGCCAUCCACGCGAGACAUCAUAAUGGUGGUAAAGGAUGUGUUCUUGAUUGCUCAAUGACCGAGGGAACUGCUUAUUUGGCCUCGUUCGUUCAGCAUUAUUAUGACCAAACCCAUCUGUUCACCGAUAAAUACGCAGCAUUUACUGGCGAGUGUCCCAUUUAUAGAACAUACAAGACCAAGGAUGGAAAGUUUAUGGCCGUUGGUCCUUUGGAACCGAAAUUUCAUCAGAAUAUGUUUGAAGUUUUGGGUAUUGAUGGUGAUGAUUUGUUCUCGGAUCCAGAUCGAAUCACCAAAGAGUUAGAAGCGACCUUUCUUCAGAAGACUAGAGAUGAGUGGUCUAAAAUUUUUGAAGGAAAAGAUUGUUGCGUGACUCCUGUCCUUGAUAUUCAUGAAGUUGGCACAUAUGGACAGCACGUCGAUCGCCAAAACUUCUCCAAAAGUGACAAGUUUGGCGGAACUUGGAUCGCAAAACCUUCACCCAGAGUGCAGACGAUAGAAGAGUUGACUGCUGCGGCGACUCGGUCCAAACUGUGA